UGGUGAGCGAUGUUUCUCCAAUGAACGUAACCCGUGUGCGAUUGGGAGUUCGAUGUGAUUUCAGAGGACCGCACGAUGGCAGAGCCGAUGCAAGGCGUGGAAGGCGAUGUCGUCAAUCCUCAGCAGCUGCAGGUUGUGCAGGUCCUGGGUGAUUGUGCGCUCGUCGGGAACGACAGUCAGCAUAUUUUACUCGAUCCUGAUCAAGCGGACUACGAUAUCGAGUCUCCCGAAGUUGGUGAGGAGGGGGGAUCUCGGAAAAGAUCUCGGAAACCACUGUUGGCUCUGAGCGUCCGCGAGAAAACGGCUAUCUGCAGAUACAAGGCCCAACAUCCGCAGAGCAACCAGCGUCAAAUCGCAGAGCACUUCACGAAGUUGUGGGGCAAAGAUAUUUGUCGACGAAGAGUCAGCGACAUCUUGGUGCAGAAGGACAAAUGGUUCGACGUCGAGCGUCGCGUGAAAGGCGACGCAGACAAGACCUUCAGGGACGGAAAGUUCGCCCAGUUGGAGAAACACGUUUUCGACUGGGUUACCGAAGUCGCUAGGUCCGGGGGGCGGCUAUGGGACGAGGACAUACGACGAACGGCCAAACGAAUGGCGGAGAUGCAAGACGUGAAGUCUUUCGUGGCUUCUGCUGGCUGGCUCUCCGGAUUCAAGAGACGUUACGGCUUGAAGGCCGUUGAGGAAGGCGGCGACAUCCAGUUGGACUUCGCUCCCGAGCCCUCGAGUAGCGAGUUUUCACAGAGAGAUGAGAACCAGAUACAGCUUCAGGGCAAUGAUGGUCAGCAGUACACCGUCAACAUAACCGUCGAUAACCCUCCUCACGCUCAACAACAGAGUCAACCUUCAAUUAGCAUGACAUCCCAAAUGGCGAGAAACGCGGUCGUCGAAGACGCGAAUCUCUCCGAUAUCGAGACGGGAGAAAGUGGAGACGAAGAACAAGACCCCUCGAUCACCAUCCAACCACAGAACUUGAACAACCCCGCCGUGAACGGUGAACAAAAUAUGGCACUCGACGACUUAGUGAAAACCAUAAUCUAUGGAGGUUCCUCGACCUCGGCCCAAGUGAUGACGGCGGCCGCAACCCAGGCCGCUUUGAGCCAAGACCACUACCAGGAUACCGCGCACAACGGAUCGGGAUCGCCUCCCCUAAAAGGCCGAGCGGCAACUAGAGCGAAAAUGACCGCGGUUCUCGUUCGCAAGGUUCUGGUAGCCACGAAGCGGAAGCUCGACGCCGAAGCCGAUAUGAUUCGGGAACAGCGGCAACGUCAUUUCUAUGAAGGAAAAAUGCUCGAAGAAAAACGUCGGAGAUUGGUUGAAGAACGUGAAUUAAUCGCGGCGCAAAAGCGAAAGCUCGACAACGAGUCCAAGUAUCUCCAGGAACAGCAGAGAAACGAAGUCAUCAGACGCGAGUUGCUCCUGGCAGAUGUAUCGGCAGCCAGAGGCCAAGGCAACCUGAAGCAGAAUAAGGUCCAUUCAGCGGCGCCUGUUCCGAUCGCGGUGAAUCAACCGAAAGCCAGCUAUGUAACCCUCGUCACCGGUUCAUCGGAGUGAAGAUGAGUGAGCUCGUCCGCGUGACCUCCGGUUGGGUCUCCAGAGUCGACUCAUACGGUCUUGUGUCAUCUUCAUCCCCGCUGACGGGGAGGCUGAGUCGUGUACGGUGUCUUGUUGUAUAUAGUCGGAAAUCCGUCAGGAUCAGAGGAUUGAG